AUGGAUCCCCAAUCAGCAACUCCUGCGUCGCCCACCGCGCUCUCCUCCUCAUCAUCGAGCACAAACUUCUCUUCCCCUUCUCAUCCCUCCCAACCCCCGACGAACGCGACCACCCCCGAGCCCCUCCCACAGCGCAUCAUCUUCCCCUCCGACGGGAGACCGCAGCAUCUCUCCCAGCCCCCACCGCCGAGGAGGAAAGCGAGCAUUUACCCGCUUUCUCUCGCUGGAAAGCAGACGAAGCCGUUUAGCAGGAGCGCGGCUAAGAGGGAGAGCGUGAUGAUGCUGGGGAGUAUCGAACAUCUCCAGCACUAUUUUACAAAGCAGGGGAUUGUCGCUAAACAAAGACCGAGCAAAGUCUUAUCUCGUCUCGUGCCCGCCAUUGGUCCAGCAGACGGCCGUCGCAUGUCAAACCCCUUCGACCCGCUCACCCCGUCCUCCUCCCAGUCACUAGUCGACCUCCCCCCUUCACCUGUUGCUCCACCCCCAAGACCGUCUCUCGUUCUCCCUGCUCUGGACGUGAGGGAAAGACACGAUCCACUGCUGUUACGCCCGCAGGUGCUUGGCGCGCUAGAGGAAGUCGAGGUGCUUUGGGCUGUAGACCCAGUUUCGAUCAGCUCCCUACCUGCUUCCAGCUCAGGAGUAAGCGAUGCCGAAGGCGAGAAGGACGCUGCGUCAGAGGGAGACGUACUGAAGCGUGACCCGACUGACGCAGUCGACGUACUCCACUCCCUCCUGCGGACGACGCACCUCAUCCGCUCCGUGCGCAACUACCUUGUCUCUCUGCCCUCGUCAUCCAACUCCCCGCCUCCGCCUGCACAGCUCUCCACGUUCAGACCUAAUAACCUCGCUCCCCAGCCGGUGCCAAGGGGGCGCAUGUCAUCAGGUUCGACCAUCACUUCUACUACAUCUGUCUCUGCUGUUACUGGUGCGACUGGGUCCACGAGCACGGCUCCAGCAGAGCCAUCAGCACGCAUCAGGCGUGCGGCGCUGGACCUGCUCGCCCAGCUCAGGCUGUUCGAAGAGUCCUGCCGACUCGGGCCCACCCCCGACCUAAUGGACGACGACGAGCCUGAUGGGCACGACAAUUCCUCUGACGUGUCCUCUCUCGGUCCGCCGCGCGCUCUGAGCCCGUUCCACGGCAGUGGUGGCCCUUCGCGUGGACCGUCGCCUCUUCCCCCCUAUGACGGACAGGAUGAGGAUGAAGAUGGGGAGAAGAAACGCGAAGCGUGGGACGAGCGGCUCGUUCUUGGCGGAGGCUUCCUCUACCGCCAGGAUCUGACGUUAAAGGACUGCACACUGGAGCGCAGAGCCGUAGGGCUGUAUCUCGCUACAGUGGACCAGGUGCUCUUCCGCGGACCUCCUCCAGGGCAGGAAGGGAAGGACGGACGGGGAUGGCGCUGCCCUGCAGAGGCCGAUACACCCCAGAGCAAGAGGAGGGUGUCAGGCUCGCAUCUUUCGGGAAGGAGACCCGCUUCGAGCCCCGCGGGUAAGAGGAGGGUCGUGAGUGCCCAGGGACUGCUCGAGUCUUCUCUGGCUCUGGGCGGGAUGCUCUCUGAAGAACCAGAGGAGAUCAACGCUGCUGCGGAAGGUAUCGACAGGCUCGAACUGGGUGGGAUCGCCGAGCACGACGAAGAGGUGAUAUUAGAAGAGGAUGAGGAUGAGGACGACGCGGGAGACAUCUCCCUUUUGUCACAGGACGAAGCCUCUCUCCCUGACUGGGCACAAACAGAGAGGUUCACCACCCUGGCCGAACGCACACACGCCCUACUGGCAUUCUAUCUACCCUCAGCGCUGCAGCCCCGCCUGCCCCUUCCUACACCCGAGGAAGACUUCUGGCUCGCUCUCCAGUCAGGACAGCUUAUUUGCGUGGCGUACAACGCUGCUGUCCGCCGAUCCUCUAAGCCUUGGGGGUAUAUCGAGCCCCGUGCAAUACACGACAUCAUCGCGCUUGAUCUUGCUGCUUCCCAGCCCCCUCCGCCCCCUGUGCCGGAGGCGCCAGUCCUGCAUCCGCUGCAUCAUGCUCUCGGCCCGCAGUUCACCGGCAAGAAAGGCCAGCAACAGCGUCCAGAGCCUGUAGAGCCUCUUCGCCCGCAGAUGACAGGUUCGGCACGAAAGGAAGGCGGGUGGACGUUCAGACGCACUGAGAAUUUGCGCUUGUUCGCCGCUGCAUGCAGGCUGAGGUACCUUAUCCCGUUCGUCGAUGUCCUUCCGCCGCACGCGAAGGCGGGGAAGGCGAGUGACGCGGUGGUGUUUGACCCCAAGGUCGUGGCCGCGAAAGCAGAAGGAUGGGAAGCCAUGCUUGCCGUUGCUGUAGAGGAGUGGGUGGGGAGAGUCGUGAGAGAGAGGAGGGAGGAGGGAGACAGGGGUAGGCGGUAACACUCCGUACCCCGAACGGGCAUUCUCCAAGAACAAGUGGGCGUCAACCCUUCGAAUAGGCGACCGCUCGCCCUCCCCGUCAGGAAGUUCUUCGCUCGAGCGCUCAAAAAGCUCUGUAGCUGCCGCCUUCUCUUUUCUGCUGAUUCUUUCUCCUUUCGAUCUUAUCAUCUCCUUCGUGGCUCGAGCAAAACCGCGUCCUUUCGUUCUUCUGUUAAUUCUCUUCGCAAACCAAACACGGCUCAAGGUGUGCCAUCCGAUUCUCCAACUUCGUGAUACCCAUAUGCAAUGAUACAUCGAUCGCUCUUAUACAGUACCUACCCCUUAUAUGAUGUUCCGCCCCUUCGUUCUAGCUUUUCCAUAUCGGUAUCGUAUGACUAUAUCC